AUGUACCGGAAACGAUGGACCGUAAAGGUACUGCGAAUGGAUUCACGGUAUGGCGGGAAUGGGAGCGGCUGGGACACACUGGCCAAGAUGAUCUGCAUUUUCUUCUUCGCGAUACUACUGCACGAGGAGGCUGUGCACAGUUCGCGACUGUUCGAGGCGGACGCCUCGAAUGGGCUGCAAACGCCAGAAAAAGGCCCUUACUUUGACACGACGGUUCCGUCGAACGUGACAGGCCUCGUUGGGAAGACCAUUCAACUCGUGUGCAAAGUGAAGAAUCUUGGAAACAGGACCGUAUCCUGGGUUAGGCAUCGGGACAUCCAUUUGCUGACAGUUGGUCGUUACACGUACACGAGCGAUCAGCGUUUCGAAGCUAUGCACACCCUCCACACCGAGGAAUGGACCCUGAGGAUACGAUAUCCUCAGAAGAGAGAUUCCGGUAUCUACGAAUGCCAAAUAUCUACCACUCCACCCAUGGGCCAUUUCAUUUACCUGACCGUGGUUGAACCAGUCACGGAGAUCACGGGAGGCCCAGAUCUGUUCAUCAACAAAGACAGCACGAUAAACUUGACCUGUUUGGUCAAAUAUGCCCCCGAGCCACCAACUGCGAUCGUUUGGAGCCAUAAUCACGAGGCGAUUAACUUCGACUCGCCGAGGGGCGGGAUCAGCCUGGUGACUGAGAAGGGACCGGUUACAUCGAGCCGUUUGCUCAUUCAAAAAGCGAUCGAGAAAGACUCCGGUCUAUACACGUGCUCGCCGAGCAACACUCAUCCGAACAGCGUGCGGGUUCACAUUGUUAACGAACGUCCAGCGGCAAUGCAUCACGGGAGCGGUGACAGAAUGUCCGCGACAUUACUUACUUUCGUUCUGCUUCUUUCAUCGAUCAUUUGA